CAUGGUGAUGCACAACAAGGCGGCACCACCGCAGAUCCCGGACACCCAGUGGGAGCUGGCAGAGCUCGUGAAGCGGAAGCAGGAGUUGGCGGAAACACUGGCAAACUUGGAGAGACAGAUCUAUGCUUUUGAAGGAAGCUACCUGGAAGACACUCAGAUGUAUGGCAAUAUUAUUCGUGGCUGGGAUCGGUAUCUGACCAACCAAAAAAACUCCAAUAGCAAAAAUGAUAGAAGGAAUCGGAAGUUUAAGGAAGCUGAGCGGCUCUUCAGUAAAUCCUCAGUUACGUUGGCAUCUGCAGUAAGUGCAUUGGCAGGAGUUCAGGACCAGCUCAUUGAAAAGAGGGAGCCAGGAAGUGGGACAGAAAGUGAUACUUCUCCAGACUUCCACAAUCAGGAAAAUGAGCCCAGCCAUGAGGACCCUGAGGAUCUGGAUGGAUCUGUGCAGGGAGUGAAACCUCAGAAGGCUGCUUCUUCUCCUUCCUCGGGGAGUCAUCACAGCAGCCAUAAAAAACGGAAGAAUAAAAACCAGCACAGAAUUGAUCUGAAGUUAAACAAAAAACCACGAGCUGACUAUUAGAAGACUCGUUAGUGCAGAAGCCUCCAGGCUGUAGAGCUCUGCUUCCCUUCUCCGACCUCAUACAGAUAAAGAUAAACAUCCCUCACCUGAGUGCGUGGCCAUCCACCUCUGCUCUCCCAGACCCAGUGCCUGUGACUCUGAGUAGUUUGUUCUAAAUGUUGUGACAAACAAGUCAUUUCUGUAAGACAUCGGAUCAUUUGCUUUGUGUCAUUUUUAGUAACAGAGCUGCAAGAAGACCAAGACAUGGUUAUAAUCGCAGCAAGUUGUUAACUGUGCAUUUCUCCCUUCUUAGAAUGAACAUUUUUCCCCAAACUGGCUGCUGCCAGCCACAUCCGUGAUCCCUGUUGAGAAAUAUUCUCUGGUUUUCUUUUAUGCUAAGUAGAACACAAGUCACAAUGAUGUAGGCUGUAAAUAUCUGGCAUUCUCUUACUUUGUUGUGUUUUAUUUUCUGUUGUUAUUUUACCAUCUCAUUUUCUUUGGGGACUUUUUGUAAUGCCUUUGUACAGCUCAUACCUUCCUGCCAACAUAUCUGGUAAUCUAUUUCAUGCAGUUGCCAAUAUUCCAACUGAAAAUAAUGUGGCUUACCAUAGUAAAAUGGGAAACUUGGCUCUUUGUUUUCUUGCAGGAGGAAGGUAAAGCGUGUUUAUUUAAAAAUUACCUAUCUUAAAUCUUUGAGUUGAAAGCAGUUUCAUGUUCAAGGAACAGGAAAAGCGGAAAAACACAAGUUAAAAUCAGUUCUUUUAAAAUAGAUAUUUUUAUUCUUUUGUAUAAAUAAAAUUUCACAGGCUUUGACUUCUCAUGCUUUACUUUUAAACCUGA